AUGAACAAUGUGUUGAAGGUCAUGAGCAGAGAGUUGUUCGCGCUGAUAAGCGCAUGGUUGUGGCAUGAUGUGGUGCAGAGUUCGGCCACUGGUGGCGGCGCGACGGCUGCUAUGGAGAGUCUGCGCCCAGGAGCAUUUGCGAAGGCAUCCGGGGAUGUGGGUGGAAGUGGCGCAAGCCGCCAACAAGCUACUACAGCGACAGAGACCUACAACGUGGCGCAAGCCGCCGCCAGUACCUACAACGACAGAGAUCGGAGUGGACAAGAGCGAGGCGACCGCGUUGGGUGGUUUACUGUUGGCGAGCCUUUUCUCGGGGACGACUAUGACACUGAAACCGGCAGCGGUGAGGCAGCUGGCGCCCAAGAAAGUCAAGCGACUGCUGCAUGCCCGAUCGUGCAGGAGCUUGAAGAGGCGAAAGCGGCAGUCGCGGCAUUUGAGGCAGAAAGCAGCGGAAAGAACGAGACAAACCGCUUCGCCUACGUCUUUUUCAUCGGGAACCACGAACCAGACAAGUAUGCCUGUUCCGCUGGGGUGAACGUACAACGCCUCCGCCAGCUUGCUCCCAAUUUUCCGGUGGACUACGUUGCGCUCGUGCCUGAGAACAACCCGGCGAUCAAACAAGUGCUGGACAGCAUGCACACGAAUUCCACUCCCGGGACUGUGGCCUUUAUUGGCACCGGCGAAGAAGAACAUACACGCACGGAGGAGCAGCAACUCCACGAACUUCUGUCGGAGAGACUCCGCUUUUUCGACCACGUGAUACCAUACACGGAGUCGAGCACGGAGAACGCGACCAGCCGAGGCAGGCUGCUAAGGAGAAGUGCACUAUCGGCACCCGCAGAAGUUGUGCAAGAGGCUGAAGAUGAUCAAGAUUUGACAUACGAAGAUCGGGAUCGGAUUUCCACCAUGACAGCCUUUAUGAUCGCUUCGACCUCCUCGCAGGAGCGGGAGCCUCUUUUCGACAGCUUUCCGACCGCCGACGGGAAUGCAGCUCCGUCGAUUUCCAAGAGCGCUUACUACUCCGGGUUCCACAUGAAAUUCGAGGCGUGGUCUUUAACUCAGUACGAGCGGGUUGUCUUGCUGGACGCUGACUCCUUCGUGCUGAAGAGCUUGGCGCACCUCUUUCUGCUCCCGAAGGAGUACGCGUUCGCCGCACCGUUUGCGUAUUGGUUCGUGCGCAAGAAGGCGGACGACUCGGCACGGCCACGCAUGCGACUUACCAUGUGUAGCGCGAUGUUGGUGUUGACGCCGAGCGAGGCCGUGUAUUCGGAGUGGAGGAAGAACGUCGAGCAGAGAACCACCAGAGACUACGACAUGGACAUCAUAAACAAAAAAUACAGACUUCCGGACGACGAAGCUUGUGGAGUGGGUGAUGCCGCGCUCCUGCCGCCGACCUACGCGGUGCUGAAUUCGCACUGGGAGAAGGAGCUGCAUGGGGCCCCGAAUCCCGCAGCCGAUCCCAUUUCGUUCGAAGGUGGACCCUUCAAAAGGCUGAGAGAGGUUCGGCCAGACUUGUACGAAAAGAUGAUGCCGUCAACAAUGCCAGCCUACUCCGGUGACGAUCUGCUGCAAAACGCGUAUCUUAUCCACUGGACGGCAUUCGGUAAACCGUGGCACAAAGACGAGGACACAUAUGUCCAAAACUUCUUCCCGAGCCUCCAGAGAAGAGCCGUGUGUCCUUACUUUUCAGGGUGGGAAAACAUCGGCUGUCCCCGCAACAUUGGCGACCAGCCGCCGGCCUCCUGCAACAAGGACACGAAUUACUUUCAUCACGGAUAAAGAAGUGCCAAUGCGCUUGAGCUUGACUCAGUUGUCGUGGAAGUUUUAGUACCCGCAAGCAUGGCGCGCGCGUUGCUUAGUGAAAGGUAAAGAUUUUUUUUUUUGCGCGAAGUGAUUGAAAUGCGCAUGAUUUGCGUGAUCGACAUUCUUUAUCUUUAAUCUGUCAGAAGAGAAGACAUAGCAAUUGAAGUCGAACAAUUGAAUUCUGACAAAUCCAAAGAAGAAAAUAAUCCAGAGAGGAAGAUAAAAUUAGGAAAAUUAGGAUCGAUAUUAUAUUAGAAAGUUUAUAUGUCAGUUUAACAUUUAUGUAGAUAUUGCCGGGGCGUUCGACUCCGUCCCUCACGUUAAGCUCGUGGAACAAUUGCUCCGACAAGGGGUAGAGCCGGGACUAGCCAAUUACGUAUGGCGCUGGCUGCGCCACCGGGCAUUUUGCUCCCAAGUCGGUGCCGAGCGAUCGCCGUGGUUCCGUCCCUGCACGGGCAUACCCCAAGGGGGGGCCUUGUCCCCCUGGGCUUGGAAUUCUCUACUCGCGGGGGCCGCGUCAGAGGUAUUGGCGGCUGUUGGGCCCGGUCUCUGGCUCCGAUUCUUUGCCGACGACGGGACGGUGAUAAUUGACGGGGAUAGCCCUGCCGCCUGUGCUGACAUCGCGCGGCGCUUCGAGGCCGCCCUGUCCGCGGCCCUGGUGGCACGCGGGCUACGCCUG